UCUGGAUGCACCAUAAACAUUCAGCCUGAGGGACGUCGCUCUGCUCACCGACGGAUCCGUUUGUUUUCGCAUCGCGCGCCUGUUUUGCCUGUUUCACCGGGUGAGUUCGCGUUCUGUGUCCUCUGUUUGCUAGUAGGGAAAGUGAAAGUGGCAUUCAGAAUAUGUCUGUAAAAAUACAACAACAUUUGACCGUGACCGUUUAGUUGUUGCAUCGCCGAUAGAUUAGGCGCGUACAUCUCCGCUCUCGUUAUAACUAUAGUUGUCGAUUAUUGUUAUUUAGAGUUAUUGAUUAUUGUGGACGCGAUCAUGUCAGAGGUGUUGCCUUAUGAGAACAUCGCUCAUUAUGGUGAUGAUGAAGAUGAGCAGAUAUCGCUCACCUGUCGCCUGCAGGACAACACUAAUAACUUCUUUGGUUCGGCGCAGAACAAACGACCGCCAAAACUCGGACAGAUUGGACGAAGUAAGAGAGUUGUCAUAGAAGAUGACAGAAUCGAUGAAGUUCUGAAUAACACAGCAGAGAAGACAUCGGCAGGAGUGUAACGCUCAAGGAUGUUGUUAAAGAGGCAGAAAAGCACGGGUUACAUGCAUUCUGCAUCAAAAGCACUUUGCAGUCCCUCUCAGUAUGGGUUGAAUUUCACGUACUGCAGCAGGUGAGGAGAAGUCCACGCUGCAGGCAAUCCAAAUAGAGAAAGACACCUGCUUUCUCUUUUUAAGGGCAUGUUUAAUAUCUCCUCUUUUAAAGUGACAUCUUACUCCGGACAUAAAUGUCCUAUGUUGUUUAAUACAUGUGGAGUUGGUCUGUAGUGGUCACGAUUCCAUUAAUAUUGUGAGAGGAAUGCAUUGAUUUCACAAGCACAAAUGUAUAAACUUUUGUUCUUAUUUUGCUCUGAGACUGAGCACUUGGUUAUUCUGUAUAUUUUGUGUGCAAUGAAAGUGAGACUCGAUGUUUUUCACUUUAAAUAUCCUAAUUAUAAUCUUUUGGAUACCAUUUUUGUUCCUGAAGAGCUGAUGAACUCAGCAAAUGUUUUUAUGAUGACGAACGAGGAAAGACUACUUUUUAAGUCAUUUUUUUAUGUUGCAUAUUGUAAGUUUUGAUGUGGCUGCACAACUGCCUGCUUUAGCCUGAGGUAAAAAGCUUAUUUUUAUAUCAAGGAGAUAUUUCUGUAGUCGUAGCACUUUCAAAUGUGGUUGUCAGUACUCUCAGCUGAAUGGAAUAUGAUCACGUUUGUGCCAAAUAUCUAAUAUAUAUUGUGCAAAAUAUGGCAGUCAACUUGUGUUUCUGUUUACCAAAGUAAUGUGAAGUUUUUCAGGCCUGCCUCUCAUAAAUGUUCCAGGGCUUUUCUAACAGCUUUUUGCAUGAGACGGGCACAAAUGCCUCUUUCUUUGGCAGUGAAACUGGAAUAGUGUAUAUGUUGCACUCAGUUCUCUAUACUGUUAAACAGGGCUAUAUCUGCCAUGAAAUGUAUGAACAUUAAAAUGUGACUACUUAACAAAGGUCUUCAAAUAACUUCUUGCUAUGUGAAAUUUCUUCACCCUAAUGCACUAAAAAAAAAACAGCUCUUUGACUGAACUUGAUUCAGACAUGGACAGUGGUUCCACAUAAUUGAAAGUAGUUUUCUUUUUUUCUUUUUAUCCCCCAAUUCUCACUACUUAGUAGGUCCUUGUGGUGGCACAGAUACCCACCUCAAUCCGGGUGGUGGAGGAAAAGUCUCAGUUGCCUCUGCUUCUGAGACCAUCAAUCCACACAUCUUAUUAAGUGGCACGUCGUACAUGACACAACGGAGACUCCACAUGUGGAGGUUCAUGCUACACUCCGUUAUCCACGCACAACUUACCACACGCCCCACUGAGAGUGAGAACCACUUAAUAUCGACCACAAGGAGUUUACCCCAUGUUACUCUACCCUCCCUAGCAACCGGGCCAAUUUGGUUGCUUAGGAGACCUGGCUGGAGUCACUAAGCACACCCUGGAUUCGAACUCGUGACUCCAGGGUUGGUAGUCAGCGUCAGUACUCGCUGAGCUACCCAGGCCCCCAAAAUUAGUUUUCCUAACUUAAAAUUACUAUGAAAUCUUAACAAAGAAACUAGUUGGAUUGGGUAAACCCAACAAAAUUAGACGUGUCAAUGUAACUCAAAUAAAUAUAUUUUAUUUAGUUAUACAUUAACUUUUCACUAUUGUUGAAUGUUAGCAUGCAAAAUACAUGCUGAUUGGAAGCACCAGAGAGUGUAGUUUAGUUUAACUAUGCAAUGGUUUGUACAGCUAUUGCAUGAUGAAGCAAGCAAUCAAUUUCACAUACAACAUCCACCUGUCCUCAUCAUUAACUGCAGAAUUUCAGAGCUACACAACAAAAGCAUACAGGGACCAAGAGCUGUUGAGCAAAGGACAAAAAAUCAUAGACCAUAAAAUCAAUCCCUACAACUUUGCACUACUGUAUAUUCAAGCUUUGCACAUUAUAAUACGAAAUGAGACACAUGAGAACUCAUGCAAUUUGGCAUCGUUGAUAAUAUAUUGCCCGCGACCCUGUACACAGGAUAAGCGGUUGACGAUGGAUGGAUGGAUGGAUGGAUGGAUGGAUGGAUAAUAUAUUGAAUAAGAUUUGGGAGCUACAGUAUAGGGGAAGAUUAUAAAGCCCAUUCACACAAAUACAUGCAGCGACAAAGCUACAUAAUCUCAUUCAAUUUCAAAUUUGAAUGAGUUGGCAAUUUCCGCCGACAUGAGCGACCAUUGGUGUCUAGAUGUGGCCGUUUCCACCAACUUCAGAAAGCUGAGAAAAGUUCAACUGCAAAUGAGAAGCAACUUUUGGCAGUCACAACCAGUAGGAGUGAAGAGGAUGUUACUGGAGCUCAUGUCAUCCAUCUCCUGUGAGAGAAUGGCACCGAGUGCUGGUAAGAUGGAGAAGUUUAUGUGAGCGAUUUCACCACAUAUAGUACAUGGACCACAUAGCAUUGCUAUGGUGUUCUUGUUAGUUGCUAGAGUGCCAGACUGACAGACAAGUUCGUUUAACUUAAAAGUGUUAUGUAAACUUGUUACAUAAGGUAAUUUACAUUGAGGUAAAGAAUAUGCGUUGGCUCAACUUAAUUUAGUUGAGUUAUCUUUCUGCUUUGACUCAAGUUGCAUUAAUAAAUAAAACAUUUUCAACUUAAGAAGUCUUGUUGAUUCAAUAGAUCAAACAAUUGACAAAGACUGUUAGAUUUAAGUAAUGUAGACUCGACCUGUUCAGUUCAAAUAACUAAAUAUGUUUAAUUAAUUACAUUUGUUUUUAGUACUGUUGUACUUUAUACUUUAUGUGAAGUACACAGCACAACCUUUGUUAAAACUAUUUAAGUAAAAAGAUUAGUUCUGAACAUCACCACACAACAAUUAACUAACAGUAGUGAUGAAAACAGCAACAACAGCAAAGAUAAAGUCUGCUAACAGCUAAAAAAUAAGCCUACAGCACUAAACAUAAAAAUGUAUUCAUUGACACAAUGCAUGCUGGGUGCUGGCAAAUCAGCAACAUUAUUUAUUAGUUAAUUAAGCCUAAGCACUCCUAAGCAACGAAAUUGGUCCAGUUACUAGAG